UAGUGUUUCUCCACAUCCAGUCAAUCCAAUAUCUUCAGAAUUUUCACAACAUUCAGAUGGCCUCUCCUGCAAAUAACUUCGACUUCCCACAUUUUUCUCCACCGCCACCUCCUCAUGUCGUUCCACCACCACCUCCUCAUGUUGUUCCGCCACCACCUUCACCUUCGCCAGACAACCAUUCUACGGUUAUAGUUAUUGUGUUUGUCUCAUUUGGCUGUUUCUUCUUCCUAGCAUUCCUGGCAGUCGCUCUUUGUUGCUUCAUCAAAAAGAGGAAGAAGAAGACAGUACAGGAAACUGAUAUCAUACGUGCCGAUGAACAUUUAAAGAUCAAGGAGGCCAUUGUUCAGGGCCCACAUGGACAAGAAGCUGUUGUGCUAUCAAUUGAUGAUGAUGUGCAUGUUGAUGAAGUGAUCAGGAAGAAUGAAGUGUUUGGUGAAGGUAUGCAUGCUAAAUCUGCACAUUACCAUCCUAACCUUCCUAUUACCCUUGAGGAGGGGCCAUCUCCUUCCAGUUCAAGUCACCACCAUCUCGAGCACAAAUCUUGAUAACAUAAUUUCCGAAAUGGUAAAAGCUUGAAAAUAAAAUUUUUAAGUUCCUCUUCACUUUGAGGACCUUCUGCUAAAAUUCGAAAAAAUGUGACGAACGUCAACUAUUGGAUUACCGUGCUAUUCGAUUGUAUUUGUUUGUGAAUUUGUGAUUAUUAAGUUGCAACACCUGUGUUUCCUGUUGAUAUAAAGAAUGAAAUAAAUAUUUUACCGGAGCUCUA